AUGCCAGAAUCUACGGAAACUGCUGAUCAACAAAUUGCUCGUGUCACUGUAAAGCCGCCACCUGUUUGGAGAGCUAAUCCAGAAUUGUGGUUCAGACAAAUUGAAAGUCAGUUCACUCUUGCUGGAGUAACUACAGAAUCAACGAAAUUUCACCAUGUAGUUUCUGCUCUACAACCGGAGGAACUGGCGAUUAUCAGCGAUAUUGUUGUCAGUCCACCUGAGGAUGAGCCUUUCACCGCACUUAAAAAAAGAUUGUGCGCUCAAUAUGCUGAAUCUGAAGCUCAACGCUUAAGGGAUUUGAUUUCGGGGAUGCAACUUGGAGAGCGCCGUCCUUCAGGACUGCUUCUGGAAAUGCGGAAUAAAGCCGGUGCGAGAAUUAACGAUGAACUUCUUAAAUCUUUAUUUUUGCAGAGGUUGCCUACUAAUGUUCAACAGAUUUUGGCGAUUUCCAACGAUAAUUUGGACAAGCUGGCGGAGAUGGCGGAUGGUAUCAUGGCUACAACAACUAACGCACAGUCAGUGAGCGUAGUUGCUGGUUCGACGGAUCAGACGGAUUUACGGUCUUUAUUGACAGAGAUCACAGCUCGUCUCGCACGGUUGGAAGCCCGUACAAGUGACCGGUCGAGAAGUACUAGUCAGAAACGCUCUACUAGCCGAAGCCGACAGUCUUCAAAUUCACAGUAUUGCUGGUAUCAUAAAAUAUUCAAGCGACGAGCAACAAAAUGCCGACCUCCAUGUUCGUUCCUGCCGGAAAACUGCUGA